GUCCUUUUUUUGUUUUCAGUGAAAUGGUAUCCGCUUCUGACAAUCAUACGUCCUUCGGGAUGGAUAACUAUGGAUACGAAAAUUCCAAUGGUAAUUCAAAACGAUUGGGCCGAUCUGUAAGCGUGAACGCUGACGUAACCAGCUUCCAACGGUAUAGGACCCCUACUUCUAGUACAAUUUCGAGAUGGAGGAAAACCAGGGACGAUCCGGAAAACAUUUUUGAAGAAGAACUGCCCUCUGACGAUUUCGAAUACAUGGAAUGUGGCCCCUCUCCUCCAGCUGAUCAUACUCCGAAUAUUUACGAAAGUUUCGAAGAAUUUUCUACCAGUGCUGAUUUAACGGUGCAAAUAUGUCACGAUACGAUCAAAACGAAUUUGUUAGAACAUUUGAAAUUAUCUUCAGGGAGACAUCAACUAUUGGAUGAUAUAGAAAACAAAAAAAUUCAACCGGAUAAUUUGAAGGAUCAUUUUCAAGGUGCUUCCAAGGCGGAGAUUAAUAUUGCAUUUUUGUGGUCUGCUUUUAUGAAAAGACACGAUCUUCUUGAUGGACUUAUAAAACUGGGUGGGCAGCUUCAUUAUUUCGAACCAAGCCAGGGUUUAAGUGCAAUACAUCUGGCUUCGUUCAGUGGUUGCACGCAAGGUACUAAUUAUCUUAUCUCGAAAGGUAGUGACGUGAACGCUUUAUUCAAAUGCUAUAGUCCUUUGCAUUGUGCAGCAUUCGGUGAUAGUCCAGAUACUGCAAUGAUUCUUCUUAACAAUGGUGCUAAAGUUCAAAUGCGUACUAACAGCCCGCAUAAUUGCCAUGAGAGUGUUUUACAUUGCGCGGUCAGAGCGAACGCAAUUGCAUGCGUCAAAUUAUUUACACAAGAAGGAGCAGACGUUGCGCAAGUGGAACCAUCUGGUAUAUCGCCAAUUCAUUUGUCCGCCGAUUUAGGCCAUCCUCAUUGCUUAAGAAUAUUACUCGAACCCAAAACAUUUAAUAUAAAUUCACGAAGUAAAGAUAAAGAACAAACUCCUUUGCAUUUAGCAGCUGAAAGUGGCUAUGCUGAAUGUAUAGAAAUUCUUUUAGACCACGGUGCUGAUGCUAAUAUAAGGAAUCAAAGAGCGCAGUCCCCGUUGCAUUUAGCAGCACGUGCGCAAGCAUACGACUGCGUAGAGUUGCUUCUAAGAAAAGGAAAUGCUAAUCCUAAAACGGGCGACUGUGAUAAAAGAACACCUUUACAUUGCGCUGUGGGGAAAGCAGCUCGGUCUUAUGAUAUUAUAGAAUGUCUUAUUAAUUAUGGUGCCGAUAUUAAUGCUAAAGAUCAAUACGGUUAUUCGCCUUUACACAUAGCAGCUUUAAAUGAAUUAUCACAGUGCGUAGAAGUUUUAUUAUUUCAUGGUGCUGAUGUUACAGCUAAAUCAAAAUUUGGCAUGACAGCCUUGGGUAUAAUUACAAGAAAAACACCGGCUUCGUUGGCGAUGGUAACGCAAAAAUUAGAUUCAGCGAUAACAUUACAUCAUCAUCCGGAAUCAUCAAAUAGAGAAGUGGAGUUAAGAUUGGACUUUAGAGGAAUCCUACAAUACUGUCAUCCUAGAGAGAUAAGCUUUUUAAAUACUUUUGUUGACGAAGGGCAAAAAGAAAUUCUUCUACAUCCGUUAUGCUCUGCAUUCCUUUAUCUGAAAUGGGAGAAAAUAAGGAAGUAUUAUAUCGCUAGAAUGCUGUUUUGUUUUAUAUUUGUUUUAAGUUUGUCUCUUUAUGUGUUGACAGCAUUGGCACAUAAUUGUUACAAUCAUGGCAAGAAUAUGAAUGAUACUCAACCUCAAAAUGUGAUUGAAUUGUGUGAAAAGAAAUCCAUGAUGGGACACAUGUUAAGGAACAAUCCGUUUGUUAUAGAAAUGCAAUGGUUUGUUUUAGUGGGGAUAACGUGUUGUGAAAUUCUAAGAAAGGUUUAUGGUAUCGCGGGAUAUCCUUCUGUUAAACAAUAUCUUUCCCACCCCGAGAAUAUAAUUGAAUGGACAGUGAUUGCAAGCGUUUUUGUUAUUUCAUUUAUUUAUACCGGCAGAACAUAUACAUGGCAAAAUCACGUUGGUGCCUUUGCGGUGCUAUUUGGAUGGACCAAUUUGAUGUUAAUGAUUGGACAACUUCCGAUAUUCGGUUCGUACGUUGCUAUGUACACAAGAGUACAAGGAGAGUUUGCAAAAUUACUACUAGCUUAUUCGUGUCUACUUAUUGGUUUUACAAUUAGUUUUUGUGUUAUGUUUCCGGAUUCCUCAACUUUUGCAAACCCGUUUAUUGGCUUAAUAACUGUAUUAGUUAUGAUGACCGGAGAAUUAAGUUUGGAUCUUUUAGUUGAUGAUGAUCCCGAAGAUCCACCAUUUUUACUUGAGAUUAGUGCUCAAGUAACAUAUAUUUUAUUUUUACUAUUUGUGACAGUAAUUUUAAUGAAUCUUUUAGUAGGUAUAGCUGUUCACGAUAUACAAGGCUUGCAGAAAACGGCGGGUUUGUCAAAAUUAGUUAGGCAAACUAAAUUGAUUUCUUACAUGGAACUAGCUUUGUUUAACGGUUAUUUACCCCAGUAUUUAUUAAAUUUGCUGCAUUGGACAGCUUUAGUAUCGCCUAAAGCGUACAGAGUCGUUUUAAAUGUAAAACCUUUAAAUCCUAGAGAAAAGAGAUUACCAAAGGACAUUCUAAAAGCUGCUCAUGAAAUUGCUAAGCAACGUAAAAAUUACGGGCAUACAAUUUCUUCACAAGUCGGAAUGACAUACUCAAAAAAACUUAUGAAUAAUAAUUUAGAUGUAAAUUCUGAAAUUUUAGACUGUACUUUGCCCUUGUUACAUAGUAAAAUCGAAAAGAGUACUGAACAAAUUGAACAUUUAAAUAAAGAAGUUAGGCAAUUGAAAACUGUAAUUGAAACAAAUCAAAAACUCCUUGAACAACUAAUGAGCACUUUAUUACAUAACAGUAAAAAUAGUAAAUGUUAGGGCUUUCCAUUAACAAUUUGUUUUCUAUAGUUAAAUUUGAGAAGUACCAAGCUAUUUGAUAAAUUGAUCAUUAUUUUAUUAUAUUUUUUGACAUUUUUUUUUUUAUUUAAUUUUUUUCUAUUACAGCCGCCAUAUUGCCAUUAAAAGUGUGAUAUUAGAUUUAGUUAUAAUGUUGUUUUUGUUUAAAUAUAUAAAAAGGUAUC